AUGCGACUGAUAUCUUGCACACAGCGCUUCUCUGAGCAAGACGACCUCGACGAGCACCGCGAGGAGGCCCACUACUGUUGUAUUGAAUGUGAUCGGCACUUCGUGAACGAGGGCGCACUAGAACAGCACCGCCAGACCUCUUCCAAGCAUUGCAUCGAGUGCCCUACUUGCGACGAUACCUUCAGCUCCGAGGACGACCUCAACGAGCAUCGCGCAGAAGAGCACAACCGCUGCACCGAGUGCGAGCGGGACUUCCAGAGCAAGCAGAACCUGCAGACCCACCUGAAGUCGUCCGUGCAUCAAGACAGGACCCUGCCGUGUCCAGGCCGCGAGUGCACUAAGCGGUUUAUGUCCGGUUCUGGGUUGCUGUUGCACCUCGAGUCCGGCACGUGCUCUUCGAAGCUGACGCUUGAGCGCAUCAAGUCCAAUAUGGUCGGACGAGCGCGUCGCAUCUCAUCACAGAGCCAGAAGGCUACGCCACGUCGCCGCCCCCAAUGA